CAUGACUAUCUGACCUCCGACCGGUCCUUUCAUUUACUACUCCUUUUAAUCUGCAUAUAGCUCCCACUUCUUCUCUUCUCUGUUUCUAUUUCUUCCGCCCUCGUGGAGAUCCCGACAUCCGAGCGAACGUCGCGACCGGUGUGCUUGCUGUCAACAUCGCAGCAGCCUUUCCUCCCCUCCUUCCUUCCCUCCAUGAUCAACAUCGGCCGCCCUCAUUAGAUUAUCGCAAAGAUGGAGAUCGCCUCUCAUGGGGUCUCUAACGGCGUCGCAACGUCUACCCCGACAUCCCUGGUAGAUUCAAGCGCCGUCAUACAUUAUUUGACCGAAGUCUUGCAAGUGACCUUGGGAGCUCUGAAAAUUGAGCUGGAAGGCGCUGGUAGCUUGCUAUCCAAGGAAAAAUAUGAAGAAACGGUGCAGAGAUGUACGCGAUUCGCAUCGGAGUCUCAGGUGGCUCUCUAUGUGCAGAAGGAUAUUGUCGGAUCGGAUGUGACCAACGGCGCAGAUGAUGGUGAAGCUGUAGCAUCGUCGACCCAGUAUGUGUAUAACAUUUCCACCGAAAUAUCCUCGUCCUCUACCACGGUCGCAUCCGUCGCCUUCAUAAAACGUCCGGCCUCCAUCGAUCCUACGCUUCCGAUCUCCUCCCAGAUUCAGGUGAUGAACCUUCCAGGUUUGGCAUCACUCAACACCCAAGCCCCGCAAGGCGGAUCUUUGUCUCCGUAUGAGAUUCUGCAUUUGCUGGUCCACCAUGCCCUCAGCCCGUACUUCGAAGCCAACGCCCGGAACCAGGAUGCCAUGGGUGGUUUGAAGCCGAGGACGGACACGGAGGUGAAAACCGGUGUUCCGGGGACGAAGAAGAAAUUUGCGGAACUGGAGCUUGGCUUGUUGCAUUUGCAGCAGAAUGUCGAAAUCCCAGCCUUGAACCUGCCGCUUCAUGAGGUCGUUCAAGCCGCCCUCGCGGAGGCGGAAAGACGACGAACAAGACCUUCUGUGGAGCUGGUCGACCCGAAGGUACUCGAAAGUAGCACCUUUAUCAACAGCAUCCAGAACAAUGUGAAUGCCUGGAUUCGAUCCAUUCAGACAAUUACGAAGAUGUCCCGUGAUGCCGAUAGCGGUUCGGCAGCGCAGGAAAUCAAUUUUUGGUUGUCGAUGGAAACUGCUCUCGAGGGAAUUGAAAAUCAGUUGCGCGGAGAUGGUGUUCAAUUGACCAUGGAUAUCCUACGCCAUGCGAAGCGAUAUCAAGCGACUCUUAGUUUUGUGGCCGACACUGGUUUGCGAGAGGCAACAGACUUGGUUCAGAAGUACAACCAGCUCAUGCGAGAUUUCCCUCUAGACGAACUCUUGUCCGCCACUACUCUGCAAAAGGUGCAAGAAUCUUUGAGUUUAAUCUUCAAUCACCUCAACAAGAAGUUGAAGAUUUGUCCCUAUCCGAUCAAGCGAGCUCUUGCGCUUGUCGAAGCCAUCUCGGGAGACCUCGACACUCAGAUCCAUACUCUCCUGCAUGGUAGGACCAUCUUGCAUCUAGAAUACCGCGAGUUUCGUUCCUUGAUGAAGACUGCUGGCGCUAUCUGGAGGACUUGGGAUGAAAACCUCAAAGAGUUCACCAACGUUGCCCGAGAUUCUACGAGACGUCGAAAUGAAAAGUUCAUCCCGAUCAAGAUCACCGCGCGUCACGAGAAGACCCAAGAGCGUUUGAAAUAUAUCAAUACUUUCCGCGUCAAUCACGAGCAACUUCAAAGAACUAUUGUCAACGUUCUUGGACCGAGCACUUCAUCUUCAGCAGAAACUGCCGCCGGAGCUGGCUCCGAUGGUGCUGUCGUCGUCGAGGAGAUUGGGGACGUGGAUGCUGUCGAGGAAGUUGCCGAGGCGUACGCUGCUUUGAAGAACGUUGAUGUGCUUGAUGUCUCUGAAGAGGGCACUGAGCAGUGGAUCAAAGAAGAGAUCGCGUACAAUGAGCGUACUUCCCGCGUUGAGAACUCUAUUAUUGCGCGCCUCAGAGAUCGUCUUGCGACUGCAAAGAAUGCCAAUGAAAUGUUUCGCGUUUUCUCCAAAUUCAAUGCCCUCCUUGUGCGCCCCAAGGUCAGGGGUGCCAUUGUGGAAUAUCAGACCCAACUCAUUGAGAAUGUCAAGCAAGAUAUCUCCGCUUUGCAUGAACGAUUCAAGCAACAAUAUGCGCAUUCCGAGGCACACGCCAUGGCACAACUUCGAGAUCUUCCUCCAGUUUCUGGUGCCAUCGUGUGGGCACGCCAGAUCGAACGCCAGCUCGAUGGGUACAUGCGCAAAGUUGAAAAUGUGCUGGGUGAAGAUUGGCAUCUCCAUGCGGAAGGUGAAAAACUUGAUAGCGAGGCGAAAAUGUUUCGAAAGAAACUCGAUACUCGCCCGGUUUUCGAGUCGUGGUUGCAUGACGUACAGAGACGCCAUAUCACGAUCUCUGGCCGACUGUUCAACGUCGUUCGCAAUCGUGCUGCGGGCAAUACCUUGGAGCUAACCGUCAAUUUCGAUGCCCAGGUUAUUGCUUUGUUCAAAGAAGUGAGGAACCUGAUCUGGCUUAAUUUCCAGGUCCCUCACGCCGUCAGCAACAUAUCGAAAGAAGCCAAACGAGUUUACCCCUACGCCAUCAGUCUCAUGGAAAGUGUUCGCACAUUGCUCCAAACGAACCGCUCAAUUUUAGGCAUGACCGAUGUUGCGAUUUUGCUGAACGGCUAUGUGAAUGAUGCACAAGGCAUGAUUGUCAAGGGUGUUCCCCUCCGAUGGGAAUCUUUCGUUCAUUCGUACGAACUUCAUGUCAAGCAGUCGGCGUUGGCUAACGGUGCUAUCGACUCGGCCAUCCCGGGGCGAGGAGAAAGUAAACAUGUACAGUUUGUCCGCGAAUUCGCCGGGUCAGCGUCCGUUCUCCAGUCCAAGACGGCUGUUUUGACGGCGAUCAACGAGAAUAUCCAAAAGGCAAUCCAUGAACUGAAAACAUGCCCCUAUGACUCUUCCGCUUUUAAACAACGUUUGGAUGCAAUUCAAGUUGCCGUCGAUAAGCUCAAUCUCGAGAACUAUGUCAACCUCGGAUAUUGGGUUGCCAACCUUAACCAGAGGAUCGAGUCUAUCCUGAGCGACCGUCUCCAUCGUGCAAUUCGGGAAUGGAUCAAUUCCUUCCAGGAGGCAAAAGACCAGAUGUUGAAUGGCAGACACCAUCUUGCCACGAGUGAGACGGAGGGCCCGGCUUACAGUAUCGAAUUCUCGGAACUUGUUCAUGAAAUAUCUAUGCGCAAUCAAGUUCUUCAUCUUGACCCGCCUUUGCAAUUUGCUCGUGCGAGCUGGUUUGCGCAGUUCGAUAACUGGCUGGGUGUUGUUUGCAACCUGGAGAAAAUCAAAGCCUCUCGUUACCAAAUCUCAAUUGAUAUUCAAAAGGUCCACCUGUCUGAAGCUUGCUUUGCAAUUCUUCCGCAGCACUGCACGAAUGAGCUGAGCCAGGUUUACAAUGCCGUCGAGGCCAGGCUGAAGGAAGUAUCGGAGUAUGUUGAUAAAUGGUUGCAGUUUCAGUCAUUGUGGGAUCUACGAUCUGAACAGGUUUAUGACAUCCUGGGUGACGAUUUGUCUCAGUGGCUUCAACUGCUCCAAGAGAUCCGGAAGAGCCGAGCUACGUUCGACACCUCGGAAGUUAGCCGCUCCUUCGGCAACAUCAAAAUCGACUACGAGCAGGUGCAGACCAGAGUCAAUGCCAAAUAUGACCAAUGGCAACACGAAAUUCUUCUCAAGUUCGGCUCCAAACUUGGGGGCCGUAUGAGGGAGGUUCACUCCGAAAUUGCCUCAGCGCGGCGUGAUCUGGAAGGACAGACUCUGGAAGCUGCCUCCACCGCCCAUGCCGUUUCUUUUAUCACGAUUGUCCAGCAGUGCAAGCGGAAAGCCAAGGUUUGGGAGCCGGAAGUCGACCUUUUCCGCCAAGGCCAAGCUACACUUGCACGCCAGCGUUACCAAUUCCCGAGUGACUGGCUCCAUGUGGAGAAUGUUGAUGGCGAAUGGGCAGCUCUGAAUGAGCUGCUUGCCCGAAAGAGCAAGAUUGUGCAGGACCAGACCGAGGGUUUGCGGGCCAAGAUUGCUGCCGAAGACAAAGUCAUCGGCGACAAGAUUGCGGAAGUCAUUGCCCAAUGGAACGAAGAAAAACCCGUAUCCGGAACUAUUCCUCCCGACGAGGCGUCUCGUACUCUGAGCUCGUUCCAGUCACGCCUUGAAUCUCUUCAAUCUGAGUUUGAGAUGGUCUCUAAAGCCAAGGAAGCUCUGGACCUCCCAGCAAGUGUAGAAUCCUCUUUGCCGGCAAUAUUGGAGGAGGUGCAGGACUUCAUGUCCGUGUGGGCUGCUCUGUCUACGAUCUGGAAGAGCUUGAAUGACCUCAGGGAUACGUUGUGGACGAGUGUGCAACCCCGAAAACUUCGCCAGUCCAUCGACGGCCUGAUUAAAAUGACCAAGGAAAUGCCCAGCAGGAUGCGCCAGUAUGCUGCUUUCGAGCAUAUCCAAAACGUCCUGCGGAAGUUGCUCAAAGUAAACCCGUUGCUUUCUGACAUGAAGUCCGAAGCUGUCCGAGAACGACAUUGGCAGAAGAUCUACAAAUCGCUCAAACCAGGCCAAAGGUUUUCUCUCAUCUCGCUUACCCUUGGAGAUGUCUGGGAUCUGCAGCUUGUCCCCAGUGAGCCUGUGAUUCGCGGCAUCAUCGCCCAGGCGCAAGGUGAAAUGGCACUGGAAGAAUUCCUCAAAUCAGUCCGCGAAACUUGGCAGAACUAUUCUCUGGACCUUGUCAACUAUCAAAACAAGUGUCGACUGAUUCGCGGCUUUGACGAUCUGUUUGCGAAAUGUAGCGAGAACCUUAACUCCCUGCAAGCGAUGAGGCAUUCCCCUUACUAUAAAGAGUUUGAAGAGGAGGCUUCAUCUUGGGAAGACAAACUGAACCGAGUGCACGUUCUCUUUGACGUGUGGAUUGACGUUCAAAGACAGUGGGUUUACUUGGAAGGCGUGUUUACCGGAAAUGCCGAUAUCAAGCACCUACUUCCUCUUGAGUCAAGCCGCUUCCAGAACAUCAACUCUGAGUUCUUUGCCGUGAUGAAGAAGGUCUAUAAAUCUCCUUUUGUGCUCGACGUGCUCGCAAUCAACGGUGUGCAAAAGUCCCUAGAGCGACUGGCCGAAUUGUUGAACAAGAUCCAGAAGGCACUGGGCGAGUAUUUGGAGCGAGAGCGUAUCUCCUUCCCUCGUUUCUACUUCGUUGGUGACGAAGAUCUCCUUGAGAUCAUCGGUAACAGUAACGAUAUCUUCCGCGUGGCAAAGCACUUCAAGAAGAUGUUUGCUGGUCUAUCGGGUGUGUUGAUGGAUGAGGAGAAUAACAUCACCGGCUUUACUUCCAAGGAAGGCGAGGAGGUCCGGCUGAAAAAGGAAGUCAAUCUCCUCAAGACUCCCCGAAUCAACGACUGGCUCAGUGCCCUGGAGAGCAACAUGAAAUUGACUUUAGCCGAACUUGUUGCUGAGGCCGUUGAGCAAUUCGAACCUCUCUACCAUGCCUCCGAGAUCGACAGCACUGCUUUCAAUGACUUCCUUACCAAGUACCCGGCCCAGAUUGUCGUGCUUGCCUGUCAGGUGGUCUGGACUAGCGCUGUGCAGAAGGCCCUAGAAAAUGAGGGCUCGAAUCUUCCCGCGUUGUUUGAUGCCCAAGUGCGAGUUCUUGAUUUGCUGGCCGCCACUGUCCUUGGCGAGCUGGACUCGAUCACUCGAAAGAAGUGUGAACAUAUGAUCACCGAAUUUGUGCACCAGCGUGAUGUUAUUUCCAAGCUCAUCACCUACAAUGCCUCGACCCCUAUGCACUACUUCUGGCUGCUGCAGAUGCGCUACGUGUAUCAUCCCGAGGGCGACUUUAUCCAGCGCCUCUAUGUUCAUAUGGCUAACGCUAGACUGCACUACGGAUUCGAGUAUCUCGGAGUCCCCGAGCGCCUUGUUCGUACGCCACUGACUGAUCGCUGUUUCUUAACACUCACGCAAGCCCUGUGUCAACGAUUGGGUGGUUCGCCGUAUGGUCCAGCUGGUACCGGAAAAACAGAAUCAGUGAAGGCUUUGGGUCUGCAACUUGGUCGCUUUACGCUUGUUUUCUGCUGCGAUGACACGUUCGAUUAUCAGGCCAUGGGCCGAAUCUUCCUGGGUAUAUGCCAAGUUGGAGCAUGGGGUUGCUUUGAUGAAUUUAACCGUUUGGAGGAGAGAAUUCUGUCCGCUGUCUCUCAGCAAAUUCAAAACAUCCAGAUUGGAUUGAAGAAUGUCGAAUCCGACGACAAGGCUCAGAUCGAGCUUGUCGGAAGAAGACUGAGUGUUAAUCCCAACACCGGUAUCUUCAUUACUAUGAACCCUGGCUACGCAGGCCGUUCUAACUUGCCUGACAACCUGAAGAAGCUUUUCAGGAGCGUUGCGAUGUCUAAGCCCGACAAGGAAUUGAUUGCGGAAGUUAUGCUAUUCUCGCAAGGUUUCAAGCAAGCCAAGCGUUUGUCCACGCAGACCGUGCCUUUCUUCGACCAUUGCUCUUCAAAAUUGACAAAACAGGCCCACUACGACUUCGGUCUACGUGCCUUGAAGAGUGUUUUGGUUAGCUCUGGAGGUCUCAAGCGUACCCGUAUCGCAAACACUGAAGGUGAACUUGGUCCAGACGAAGUUGUCGAACCGCAGAUCAUCGUUCAAAGUCUCCGGGAGACGAUCGCUCCUAAGUUAGUUCGGGAAGAUGUUGAUCAAAUGCUUGAGAUUCAGCAAGAAGUGUUCGCCGGCGUAGAGUAUGUUCCAGCGAAUUAUGAGCAGCUUACGGCGGCCAUCCGUGAGAUUGCUCAGGAGCAGCAUUAUGUCGACAGCGAAAUGUGGAUUACCAAGGCCUUGCAACUUUUCCAAAUCCAGACUAUUCACCAUGGUGUCAUGAUGGUCGGUAAGUCUGGAGCUGGUAAGUCGGCUGCUUGGAAAAUCCUUCUUCAAGCUUUGCAGCGAAUCGAGGGGGUUGAGGGUGUUUCCCACAUUAUCGACUCGAAGGUCAUGUCCAAGGAGGCGCUUUAUGGUAGCCUGGACAGUACUACAAGAGAAUGGACAGACGGAUUGUUUACCGGUAUCUUGCGAAAGAUUGUUGACAACCUUCGAGGUGAAGACACGAAGCGACACUGGAUCGUGUUUGACGGCGAUGUUGAUCCGGAGUGGGUUGAAAACUUGAACAGUGUUCUUGAUGACAACAAGCUCUUAACACUUCCCAAUGGUGAGCGUUUGAACUUGCCGUCCAAUGUUCGAAUCAUGUUCGAAGUGGAGAGUCUCAAGUAUGCGACACUGGCAACGGUCAGUCGUUGCGGUAUGGUGUGGUUCAACGAUGACACCGUCACACCCUCUAUGAUGAUUUCCAACUACGUUGAGUCGCUCAAGACACGCACAUUUGAAGAUUUGGAUGACGACAGUGCCCCUGCCGGCCAAGCUGCUAUCAAGACCCAAGAUGCACAGGAAAUGGUGUCCGGUAUAUUCAAGCACCUUCUUCAGACCGACGGGCUCAUCCUUAAAUCUCUUGAGGAGGCCAAGAAAUACAACCACAUCAUGGAAUUCACUGAUAUCCGUGCCCUCAACACUCUGUUCAGUUUACUGAACAAGACCUGCAGGAAUGUCCUCGAGUACAACGUUCAGCACAUUGACUUCCCACUGGACCCGGAACAAAUCGAAUCUUACAUUUCCAAGAAGCUGCUCCUUGCUCUUGUCUGGUCCUUUACGGGUGACUGCCCCUUGGGAGAUCGUCAAGCAUUCGGCGGGUUUGUGUCUGCUCUAACGACGACCGAUUUGCCGCCUGACGGUGUCUCGUCUCUCAUCGAUUACGAUGUCACUCUACCCAGGGCAGACUGGACAAGCUGGCAGUCACAGGUUCCCUCCAUUGAGAUCAACACUCACUCUAUCACACAGACUGAUGUUGUGGUCCCCACAGUGGACACUGUUCGUCAUGAAGAUGUUUUGUAUUCAUGGCUGGCAGAACAUAAGCCACUGCUGCUUUGCGGUCCUCCAGGUUCUGGUAAAACCAUGACCUUGUUUGCUGCUCUUCGGAAGCUCCCGAACAUGGAGGUUGUUGGUCUUAACUUCUCUAGUGCCACGACUCCUGACCUUCUGAUCAAGACUUUUGAACAAUACUGCGAGUACAAGAAGACACUGAACGGUGUUGUUAUGUCUCCAAACCAAAUCGGCCGUUGGCUGGUCAUUUUCUGCGACGAAAUCAACCUUCCCGCCCCUGACCGUUACGGAACUCAGCGCGCUAUUGCUUUCUUGCGUCAACUUGUUGAGCAGAAUGGUUUUUGGAGAACUUCCGACAAGACCUGGGUUACUUUGGAUCGCAUCCAGUUUGUCGGUGCCUGUAAUCCUCCCACCGACGCUGGACGUACGCCCAUGGCUGAGAGAUUCCUGCGUCACUCUCCUUUGGUCAUGGUUGACUAUCCUGGAGAGCUCUCACUCACGCAGAUCUACGGAACCUUCAACUCGGCUGUGCUCAAGAUCCUUCCCUUGCUUCGGGGAUACUCUGACGCCCUCACCAAGGCUAUGGUGCAAUUUUACUUGGAGUCUCAAUCUAGAUUUACCGCUAAGAUUCAACCUCACUAUGUGUACUCUCCUCGUGAAUUGACCCGAUGGGUGCGUGGUGUGUACGAAGCGAUUAAACCUCUUGAGAGCCUCUCAGUCGAGGGUCUUGUCCGUAUUUGGGCGCACGAGGCCUUGCGUCUCUUCCAGGAUCGUCUUGUGGCAGAAGAAGAGAGGAACUGGACUGGCGAUGCUGUUCGCCGCAUCGCACUUGAGCACUUCCCGAAUAUGGACGCGGAAGAGGCUUUGAAGGGCCCGAUUCUCUUCUCGAACUGGUUGUCUAAGAAUUACGUGCCCGUGGAGCAAGAGCGACUGCGCGACUUUGUCAAGGCUCGUCUCAGGACCUUCUGUGAAGAAGAAGUCGACGUUCCUCUUGUUCUGUUCAACGAUGUUCUGGAACAUGCUCUUCGCAUUGACCGAGUCUUCCGCCAGCCUCAGGGUCACCUCAUUCUCAUUGGAGUUAGUGGUAGUGGUAAGACCACGUUGUCUCGCUUCGUUGCCUGGAUGAACGGAUUGAAGGUCUUCCAGAUCAAGGUGCAUGGAAAAUACUCAUCGGAAGAUUUCGAUGAUGAUCUCAGAACUGUCCUCCGCCGAGCAGGCUGCAAGGGAGAGAAAAUCUGCUUUAUCAUGGACGAAUCCAACGUCCUUGAUUCCGGUUUCCUCGAACGCAUGAAUACUCUCCUAGCAAACGCCGAAGUUCCUGGUUUGUUUGAGGGAGAUGAGUUCUCCUCCUUGAUGACCGCCUGUAAGGAGGGUGCACAGCGCCAAGGCCUUCUUCUCGAUACGCAAGAAGAACUCUACAAGUGGUUCACGCAGCAGAUUGUCAAGAACUUGCACGUCGUGUUCACUAUGAAUCCCCCCGAAGAAGGCCUGUCGUCGAAGGCUGCCACGAGUCCUGCGUUGUUCAACAGAUGCGUUCUCAACUGGAUGGGCGACUGGUCUGACCAGGCUCUCUUCCAGGUCGGUUCUGAAUUGACACAAUCGAUUGACCUGGACAAAGCAAACUUUGUUGCCCCAGACAGCAUCCCUGUGGCAUACCGCGAGUUGAGUCUUCCGGCAUCACACAGAGAGGCCGUGGUCAAUGCGAUGGUUUACAUUCAUUACUCUCUGCAAAGAUUCAACGGGCGCCUCCAGAAACAGCAAGGCAAAACGACAUUCCUUACACCCCGUCAUUAUCUUGACUUCGUUGCCCAUUAUGUGAAACUCUUCAACGAAAAGCGCGAGGAUCUAGAAGAACAGCAAAGACACUUGAACGUGGGUCUUGAGAAGCUGAGGGAUACUGUCGUUAAAGUUCGCGACCUGGGUGGUAGUCUUGACCAGAAGAAGCUGCAGCUCGAGAAGAAGGACAAAGAGGCGAACGAAAAGCUCAAGCGCAUGGUUGCUGACCAACAAGAAGCCGAACAGCGUAAAGCGGUUUCUCUAGAAGUCUCGGCGGCACUCGAAAAACAGGAGAAGGAGGUCGCUGAACGAACGGAAGUUGUCCGUAACGACCUUGCCCGUGCUGAGCCUGCGGUUCUGGAAGCCCAGAAGAGUGUCAGCAAUAUUAAACGUCAGCAUCUCACGGAAGUCCGAUCCAUGGGUAAUCCUCCCGCCAGUGUUCGUUUGGCGCUGGAGGCCGUGUGUACGUUGCUGGGCCACAAGGUGGAUAGCUGGAAAACCAUCCAGGGUAUCGUACGAAAGGAUGAUUUCAUUGCCAGUAUCGUCAAUUACGACAACGAGAAGCAGAUGACAAGAAACCAUCGGAACAAGAUGCAGAACGAAUUCAUCUCGAAGGAGGACUUCACCUAUGAGCGAGUGAACAGAGCAAGCAAAGCCUGCGGUCCCUUAGUUCAAUGGGUUGAAGCUCAGGUGAACUACUCGGCGAUCCUGGACCGUGUUGGACCUCUGCGUGAAGAAGUUGACCUGCUGGAGGACCAAGCCAAGCAAACCAAGGCUGAAGGACAAGCCAUCCUCAACACCAUCCAGGAUCUCGAGAGCAGCAUUGCCACCUACAAGGAAGAAUACGCUGCCCUCAUCAGUGAAACUCAGGCGAUCAAAACAGAAAUGUCGCGGGUCCAAUUCAAGGUUGACCGAAGUCUUCGUCUGCUUGACAGUCUGUCGUCUGAACGUACCAGAUGGGAAGAGGGCAGCAAGUCCUUCGAGACUCAAAUCAGCACCCUUGUUGGCGACGUUCUGAUUGCUGCGGCGUUCCUCGCCUACGCCGGUCUUUAUGACCAGCAGUUCCGUAAAGCCAUGAUUGACGACUGGGCCAAUCAUCUGGUGCAGUCCGGUAUCACAUUCAAGCCACAUAACCCCAUCACCGAGUACUUGUCCAAUGCCGAUGAACGCUUGACUUGGCAAGACCACUCGCUUCCAGUUGAUGACCUAUGCACGGAGAAUGCUAUCGUCCUCAAGAGAUACAACAGAUAUCCGUUGAUCAUCGAUCCUUCUGGUCGCGUAACAGAAUUCCUGCAGAAGGAAAGCACAGACAGGAAGCUUACAGUCACCAGCUUCUUGGAUGAUUCUUUCGUCAAGCAACUGGAGAGUGCCCUACGAUUCGGAAACCCGAUUCUGAUUCAAGACGCUGAGCAUCUGGACCCCAUUCUCAGCCACGUUCUCAACAAGGAGUACCAGAAGACCGGGGGACGUGUUCUCAUUCAACUUGGCAAGCAAGAAAUCGACUUCUCGCCAUCAUUCCGGCUGUUCUUGUCAACUCGGGAUCCAUCCGCAGCUUUCCCGCCGGACGUCUGCAGUAGAACAACCUUCGUCAACUUCACUGUUACUCAGAGCAGUUUGCAAACGCAGUCACUCAACGAGGUCUUGAAAUUCGAGCGACCGGAUGUUGACGCACGCCGCAACGAUUUGGUCAAAUUGCAGGGAGAAUUCAAGGUUCAUCUUCGUCAACUUGAAAAGAGGCUUCUCCAAGCCUUGAAUGAGUCUCGUGGUAACAUUCUCGAUGACGAUAACGUCAUUGAGACUCUCGAGACACUGAAGAAGGAAGCCGCCGAAAUCUCCAAGAAGAUGGUCGAGACCGAGGGAGUUAUGACAGAGGUGGAGAGCAUCACCCUCAACUACAACAUCAUCGCCCGCUCCUGCAGUGCUGUAUUUGCCGUGCUGGAACAGCUUCAUCAUAUCAACCACUUCUACCAAUUCUCCCUUCAGUACUUCGUCGAUAUCUUCAGCUCAGUUCUCUACCAAAACAAGCGUCUUGCCCAAGAGAAGGAGCACAACGCCCGAGUGCAGAUCAUUCUCCGUGAUCUGUUUGUUACAACCUACCAGCGCACCUCGUUGGGCUUGGUCCAGAAGGACCGCAUCACGUUCGCCAUGCUCCUGGCGCAGGCCUCUCCUUUCCCUAUGGACAAAGACAUUCUCGAUACAAUCCUGGAUGAGUCAACGGAGAGUGUGGACCUCUCGACAUCGCUUGAACUGAAGGACCAAGUGAUGAAUAAGGUUUCCAAUAUGUCCAUGUUCAAGUCUCAUUUCUCUACCGUGACUCCAGAGCAAUGGGAGCAAUUCUUCACAGAAGAGCUGGCUGAAAACUCCGUCCCCACACUCUGGGAGGAAAACACAGCGCCACUCAACCGAUUGCUCCGAUCAUUGCUGCUCGUGAAGCUAUGCAGAAUGGACAGGUUUGUGCCAACCGCAGAACGCUUCAUCGAGGCCGUCUUUGGUCGUGAGUUGUUCGAAGGCAGCUCUGAUCUGAAGGACAUUGUUGACCAAGUCACGGCAACCACUCCUAUCGCUCUUAGCUCCAGCCCUGGCUUCGAUGCUAGUUACAAGGUGGAUGCUCUCGUCGAGCGUGUGCAAGCCACGUGUUCCAACCUUGCCAUGGGUUCCAACGAGGGUAUCGAGACUGCCGACAAAGCCAUCAGCAGCGCCGCGACUGCAGGCACCUGGGUCUUGGUCAAGAACGUGCAUUUGGCACCAUCCUGGCUGCAAAGUCUCGAGAAGAGACUCGAAUCCCUCAAGCCACACGAGGACUUCCGUCUCUUCCUUGCCAUGGAAUCCAGUCCCAAGAUUCCGGUCAAUCUAAUCCGUGCCUCUCGUGUACUCAUGUACGAGCAACCCGCCGGUGUGCGCGCCAACAUGAAGGACUCGCUGUCCUCGCUAUCCACCCGCGCUGGCAAACCACCAGUAGAGAAGGCGCGCGUGUACCUGCUGCUCUGCUUCUUGCACGCCGUUCUCCAGGAGCGACUUCGUUAUGCACCCAGUCUUGGCUGGAAGGGAUUCUGGGAGUUCAACGAUAGUGACUACGAAUGCUGUGCCUUCAUCAUUGAUCAUUGGGUCGAUGUGGUCGCCCAAGGUCGGUCCAACGUGGCACCUCAGAAACUUCCAUGGGACAUGAUCCGCACGCUCGUGACCGAGACAUACGGCGGUAAAGUCGACGACUACGCCGACUUCAAGCAGCUCGAAAGCCUGGUCCAUAGCUUCCUCACACCCGCGGCCUUCGAGGACGAAUACAAGCUUGUCUCCGGCGUCGAAAAUGAUGAGUGCCUGACUCUGCCCGGACAGACCGGUAUCCGCGAUUUCGUCGAAUGGGUCAACCGACUGCCUGAGAGAGAACCCCCGACGUACCUUGGUCUACCGGCCAACGCAGAGAAGCUGCUGCUUGUCGGACACGGAAAGAAAAUGGUGUCGGAUCUGGCCCGGGUCACGGAGCUGUUGGACGAGGGUGAACAGUUGAUGAUUGAUGCUUAGAUUUAGAUGUUUGGUUUGGGGGCCUUAGCUGUGGGCUAGGACUUUUUACGUUCUCCUGUUCUUGGUGGUCUAGAUAUUCUAUCCUCCCUUUUUUUGUACUGUUAUUAUCUUUUUGUCUGUUGAAAUUUUUCUAGAUCAGGAUAUACAUGUGUAUAGUGUAUACUUUAGAAGCCGCAGGCGGGUUUGCUGUACUAUCUUUGUAUGAAAGAAAU